CGUGUUUGACUGCUUGAGAAAUAUGCUGUGACUCUUCAGUACUAGGCAUUCUCCUUGACGGUGGUUUUACUCUGAGAAGACGGCUGGGCUCAAUAUGCCUCUUGUCGGUUACCGGAUUUACCGUGACGGAAGGUUUAGCAUCGACCCCAACAAUCCCUCUGCCGGACUCAUGUUCUCUCCACCUGCCGACUCCGAUGAACUAUUCGAUGAGCUACGAACGACGUAUCCGGACCUGAAGAACCAUGCACAGCGGAAAAUUCGGGCAAUAAUAGACUAUCUAUCAACUGAGCUGGAGGGUGCCGUGGAAGGUCCUGCCACUGCCCGGAGCCAUGCCACCAAGCGAAGCAUUCCGACUCCGAGCUUCACUGGGAAAACGGGCGUUGAACACCGCCGUACAUCAGCUUCCAGCUCGGAUGGCCAGUCUUCACCUGUCACCUCGCCAGAGUCUGAUUCGUCACCGUCAAUGCCAAAACCAACAACCGAUAAGGGGGUCACGAAACACGUGCCGACGAACGCCAGCUCAAUUCUGCUGAAUCCUGCUGUCCCCGCCAUGGAGGAGAUGGUAUCGAUUUGGCGUACGUCCGAUGGCAGUGCUCCAACACGGAAGAGACGGCGACAGAUGAAUGAGCGGGAACGUGGAGAAUAUAAACGACGGAGGCUAGCAGGUGCAUGCGAGUCAUGCAAGAUGCAUAAACGAAAAUGUACACAUCAGAAUAGGACUGACGACGACAUUCCACAACCCGGGAAACGCCGAGGGCGACAUACAAAGAAGAGAAAAAGUCCACUAGCUACACCUGGUCCCGAACCUAAAUCUCCCGCAUCUAGCCAGACUGUUCAACAUCGUCAUUCGAAUUCGCAAGUGGCACACCUUGCGCAAACACCAGAUGUAUCACCCACGUAUUUGCAACAGGGCGAUGGCGCCACUUCGAGUCAAGAUCUGGCUGAGCAAGUCCUCACUGAAACGCCAUUGACAGAUGGUGGGAGCUUGGGCGCAGAAACAAAUGGACAGAUGACUCCGCCAUCCGAUGAUGAGAACGAGAACGAUAGCGAGAACGAAGCGGAAGUGCAGUCGGACGAUGCAAAGCAAUCCGAGUACGAAAUUGAACUGCAAGACGACAGAUACGCAACGACGUCUUCGGAAGAAGAAUAAAGCCACACAAAAGCUCAAACAUACGGAGCUUUGGCAACCCAUACGUUCAACCGUGCGAGAACGGUUACCAAAAAAAAAAAAGAUUGACGGCCUUCAUGAUGGUUUCUUUGGUUUUGUCGCGUGUUGCUGCGUUUUGCGUGCUUGGAGGGUGCGAUUCGGACUUUUGGUAUUCAGAUAGUUCUUGCAUGUUGAGCUCUGUUGCUGAUGGGGUGUUGAUGCUCGUUCUCUUUGGAUAUAUGAUUUGCUUCGCGCCUGUUUA